CGCUGUGAACGGCACUGCGCAAAAACGAAAGUAGAAAUUAAGUAUCGCAUAUGCUCGCCGAUUGCGCAAAUAUGGAGUUGAACAAGAAUACGAGCUCCUUACGAGCUCAUGUUUCUUUUGACUCAGGGGGAACAAGCCGAGGACAUACUGCUCCAGUGAACAGCGCAAAGAUCGGCUCGCAAUCCGAUGUACGCUCCUCGCUCCUGACUCAUCAUCCUCCUGGCAUCGAAGACCGCUCGUACGUUGGCAGACCGACGAACCAAAUCCGGCAUCACAACGGCAAGAGGACUCAUCGGCACCAUGGACCCAUCUCGCUUGGAGGACAGAUGCGAUGAUCUCGACGACGUGAGCAUUUCGGUUGCUUGAGAUUGCCUCCAGUCGCGCGCUGUAACGAAUUCACUCUGGACUCGAUAGAUAGUCACAAUGAUCUCUCGCUUCUGACUGGUAGACGAUGCGAGAUUCAUGACAGUCGGAAUCCCCGCCCCGACUAUCGACAGCCGUGCGUCUUGUCACUGCCGGUUGUCAAUGGCCAAGGAAUGCAGGAGCAGUCUCCGCCAACCCAUGUCCU